AUGUCGCGAAGAUCCCCUCUGUACACCGGUCUCUUCCUGGCCACAUACAUCUGCGGUGUCCUCGGAGCGAAAGAUCCGCAGCCGAUAGUGUGCACAACCUCGACUGAAUAUGUGGGCUACGAUGGACAAUGGUCCCCGAUCACCAUUCGUGUGGGCACUCCAGAACAAUGGCUCUCUGUUUUACCGAGCACUUUGUCGCAAGAAACCUGGGUCAUGGGGACGGCAUCGUGUGAUGGCACCACCGCCUGCGCCACUGCCCGUGGAGGCGUCUUCUACUCCAACCAGUCGUCAACAUUUCAGGGAUUAGGAUUCUACGAGCUUGGAUCUGAUCCGUCGCUCAAUAACUCGCAGUUUGGAUAUUAUGGCCUCGACACGAUCGCACUCAACGACGAUGUGUCCGAAGUGGACCAAAUUGUCGCCAUUUUAAACACGUCUGCGGUCUGGGUUGGAGAGAUGGGCCUCGGAGUUCAGCAGACUCGCAUCAAUGGCUCGGAGAACCGACUCCCUCUGUUGUCGUCCCUUGUCCAGAACGACAGUGCCAUUCCCAGUCACAGCUAUGGCUAUACGGCCGGAGCCGCAUACCGUCUUACAGGCGUUCCGGCUUCUUUAACACUGGGCGGUGUCGAUGCGAAUCGUUUCACGCCAAAUAACCUUUCAUUCGUUCUGAGCUCUGAUUAUGCGCCUGCUGUCGCCGUCAAUUCCAUUACCGUCUCCUCGACAGCGGGCGACCUUCCACCAAACUGGAACCUCAACCCCAUGACUCUACUCCAAACUUCCCAGGCCGCAGUCUUCACCAUAGAUUCUUCGACUCCGUAUUUGUGGCUGCCAGAGGCAGUCUGCGACAAUUUCGCCGAGGCUCUGAACCUCACUUACAACGAGACAUUGGGCGUGUAUGUCUUUGCCAACGAAUCAGCUUCUCCAGACGAUCUUCAAAACUGGAAUCUGACCUUUACCUUUAAUAUUGGCAAACUCCCAGGCUCUACGGAUAACGUCGAGCUAACACUGCCAUACAGUGCUUUCAACUUGGACUUGACCUACGGCUUCCCCAAUUUCGAUGGUGACUUCAAUUCACCACCACUGCCAUACUUUCCUAUACGACGCACCAGGUCACAAUUCAUCAUAGGCCGUGUUUUUUUGCAAGAGGCAUAUUUGAUGGUCGACUAUGAGCGAAACUCUUUCACUCUGUCUCAAGCGGUCAUCAGCGAGGAGUCCGUAAACAAUGUCAACUUGCAGGCUAUUACGCGACCGUCAAAUAGUAUCUUUCCUGGACCCGACUCCGAGAGUGGAUCUGGCUUGUCGACCGGCGCAAAGGCAGGCAUCGGUGUUGGCGCUGGCCUUGUCAUCAUUGCUCUUGCCGCUUUGAUCUGGUUCCUGGUACGCCGACGGAGAGCUGCUCCAGAUCACUCAGCAGUAUCGAAGGAACCAAAACGGCGGAGCCUAUUUGGAAAAUCGCCUAAAUCCCCCGGGUCCAAUACCACGGUGUCGGAGUUGCUGGGCGACAAACGACAGCCAACCGAGGUCCCUGCAGACUCGGCUCAUUCGCGAUUUGAACUCCCUGGCAGUGCGCCGCUCGAAAUGCCAGCAGCGGAAGUAUCGCCCGCGUUUUUCCAAGAUCCACAAAAUCGCAAUGGCACCAUGCAACGCAAUAACCCCAUGGAGCCUGCCGAGCUUGCGCAGCGUCAGCGGGAGGCAAAAGAAGCAGAAGCUGCUGCUUAUAGGCGCCGCAAUAACUCCGCGUCGCCAGUCCCGCCAUAUACGCCUGCCGAGACGAACCCGCGUCUGAGCAACAGUGUUAGCCCAUACAGUCCGCGACAUAGCCAAGCAUUUGGCACCGUGUCAUCGGGUGAGCAAGGCAUCAGCCCUGUUGGUAAUAGCUCCGGGAAUGCUUCGCAGAGAAACAGUAACUCUGUGCCUAGCCCUGUCUCUCCAGAGGCGACAAUGGCUCGCGGCUUUCAGAGACACACUCAGCCGAGUGAGCCGGGUUCAAACGAGAGCCACUCACCUCAUGUUAGCUAUGGUCCUCACCUAACACCCUCUCUAGUUGGGCGAGCGCCCUCGCGGUCACCAAGUCGUGGCUCGAGAUUCGUGGAAGAGGGACUUAGCACGGACCAUGAGGAACACAACUCGAGCUCCCGCAGUGCGAGGUUCAGCUGGGAAGACUAG